AUGCCUAUUGCACACCGAACGAGAAGUAGUCGCCGCGACCAGAGCGGCCCUGUUUCGGAAGAAACUCGGCCUACUGCGACAAGGAAUACAAGAAAACACAUUUCUGCAACCCCAACUCCACACCCAAGACCCCGCCGCGAAACCGCGAAGCCUGUUCCUGCAUUCAAAAAUGAACCCAAGAUUCCCGACGAACCUAAGAUUCCCGAUGGACCUAGGAUUCCCGAUGAACCUAAACUUUCCGAUGAACUUGCGCUUCCUGACGAACCCAUGACACGAUACCUGCUCCCCGUCACCGUGGCACUAAUCACUCUAAUCUUUCUCCUGGAAAUUCGAAUCCGUCUCCCCUCGGUGCUAGCAUGGCUAAUCGCCGUGCCAUCCCUCCACCUCAGCUCCACACCAGCAUCGUCUCGCGAAAAACAAAAGCAAAGCCUUGGUCUGCAGCCCGCGAGUCAGGUAACCACCGAACGCAUUGGAGACGCAGACUCGCACCGCCGCCCAGCCGCCAAUACAGUGCCAGUAGUACCAGCAACACCAGCAACAGGGGUAACUACAAGACGCGCUGCACAGCUCCAAGCUACCGCAGAGCAGCAGUCUACGCAAGUGUUCAUGAAUACUCGUUCCAAAAAAACACUAGCAGCAUCAUCCGAGUUAGCAAGCGAAACUGCACAAAGCACAAAGACACCUUCUCGUCCGCGCAGACAAAGGAAUGCUCGUCCUGCUACUGUUCCCGCCCCUGCUCCCGUCCCUGUUCCCGCUAUUACUCCCGCCACUAUCACUAUCACUCCUCCUACCCCUUCCAAUGACACGGAUAUCAACACCGACACUAAUACCUUGACAAUCCCACCUCUCCUCCGCACCAUCGCGAUUUACAUAGCCAAAACGCUCUGGUUCCAGUUCCGCUUCCGCGUCAUCAUUUAUGUCGCCGAGACAGUAUAUUCUGCUUUCUCGGGCCGGAACAUCAACGUGAAUGCGUAUUUUUGGUAUGUUUUGCGCUUCUACUACUCGUGGAUUUCGGGAAUUGCGGGAGUACUAUGGCGUGAGAUGAGGGGGGUACUGGCGCAGUGGGGGAGGGCUGGCGAAGGGGGGCUGGGUAACGGUGAGUAA